AGCAAGGCAUUGCACGACCAACCUUGCAGAGAGAGAGGGAGAGAGAGAGAGAGAGGGACAGUUUGAGAACGAGGAGGAGAGCUUUGGAGUUUCCUCAAGAUUGGUUUGGCAUAAUCGCCCCCUUAAUUAUUUCAUCUUCGGCCAUUCCAAAGGAUUAACCUAAAGCCAAACUUUCAUUUCUUUUGUGUUCAGUCUCUGCCAUAUCUAUUAAUCUCAGCUUCUGUUUGUUUUUUUUUUUUUUACUGCCUUUCUAAUCUUAUGGGCGCAGUGUCUAUAAACACUUAUCAUUCUCGUUCUCUUGCUCUAUAUAUAAGCUGAAAAACAAAGAUCCUUGCUUUUUUCUCUCGCUACAGCUGCAGCACAUAUCUUCAUUUUCUUCGUUUAGUGUGUUAGUGGAAUAAAUGGCAAAUGCAUCUGGAUUAUUUACCCCUUCAGUUCCAAGCCUAAAGAGGAGGAUUAGACCUUCAAUAGGGAUUAUUGGAUCUGGGUUUUUCUCCUCCUAUAGAAUAUCGAAGAGGGUAUUUUGCUCCGGCGCCAUUGAAGGUGCAGAGAAGCUUUCUAGUUCUCAAUCUCGAAUACCCAGGCUUAUUAGUAAAGGCUGCAAGCUAGUUGGAAGUGGCUCAGCAGUACCCACUCUUCAGGUUUCAAAUGAUGAUCUUGCAAAAAUAGUUGAUACAAAUGAUGAAUGGAUAUCUGUUCGAACUGGGAUUCGCAAUCGAAGAGUUCUUACAGGCAAAGAUAGCUUGAUUUCUCUAGCUGCAGAGGCAGCUAGUAAGGCUCUUCAGAUGGCAGAAGUGGAGCCUGAUGAUGUGGACCUAGUCUUGAUGUGCACAUCUACACCAGAAGAUCUUUUUGGUAGUGCUCCUCAGAUCCAAAAGGCACUUGGCUGCAAAAGAAAUCCUUUGGCUUAUGAUAUUACAGCUGCAUGUAGUGGAUUCAUAUUGGGUCUGGUUUCAGCUGCUUGUCACAUUAGGGGAGGUGGGUUUCAAAAUGUAUUGGUUGUUGGCGCUGAUUCUCUUUCUCGAUACGUUGACUGGACGGAUAGAGGAACUUGUAUUCUCUUUGGGGAUGCUGCAGGUGCUGUGCUCGUACAGGCCUGUGACAGUGAGGAUGAUGGUUUGUUUAGUUUUGACUUGCAUAGUGAUGGUGAUGGCCAAAGACAUUUGAAAGCCACCAUCAAAGAAAACGAACUGGAUCAUGCACUGGAAUCUAACGGUUCAGUUUUAGGCUUCCCUCCCUGGCAUACCUCGUAUUCUUGCAUUCAGAUGAAUGGAAAAGAGGUUUUUCGCUUUGCUGUACGAUGUGUGCCACAAUCUGUAGAGUCUGCCCUUGAAAAGGCUGGUCUCACUGGGUCUAGCAUUGAUUGGUUACUGCUCCACCAGGCAAAUCAGAGGAUCCUUGAUGCAGUUGCAACACGUUUAGAAGUCCCACCAGAAAGGGUCAUAUCAAAUUUAGUAAAUUAUGGCAACACAAGUGCUGCUUCAAUUCCACUGGCUUUGGAUGAAGCUGUUCGAAGUGGAAAGGUGAAGCCAGGCCACACCAUUGCAACAGCCGGUUUUGGGGCCGGCCUAACAUGGGGUUCUGCCAUUAUCAGAUGGGGGUGAAAAUUUUAAUUUCCCACCAAUGACCAGUAUAAAAGCGACAAGAGCGUUCAGUUAUACAGUUCUUGCCUUCCUUUCCACAUGUAUUACAGAUAAUCAGAGAUUGCAAAUGCAAAAUCUCUAACGGCGCCCUUUUGUUUUCUUGCUUUCUGUCAGCAACUUUAUUUUUGCACCUCUAAUAAAUUUUUAUUCUUUUUAAAAAUUCUCAAAGUUCCUUGUAUUUUGAUCACCAUUGUAAGCUUUGGGACACCAUUUCAUUUGCUGUACAUUAUCCUUGUUGGUGCUGACCAGACUCUUAUAAAUAUUAAGAAGUACAAUCUGAAGAA